GGAUGUGCUCCCUUUUUCAGUCCAGCUAAAACCCUGUCAUUUCUUCCCGCGUGAGCCUUAACUGUCCCUGCCACGAGACGCACACUAUAGCAGGCUGUUUUGCAUGGUUUUACUUUGCAUCUUUUAUCAAUACGAGUCAGCGGAGUCUCGUAUUGAAAGCAGAAGAAGAAGAAAAAAAAAAUGGACGCGACAGGAAUCUUUUCUUUUCUUUUCCGUGUGGAAGCGUCGACCUCCCGCUUUGCUUUCAACGGGAGACUGAAGUCCGUUUGUGAGAAGGCUCUGUCUAUCGCCUGGAUGAGAAAGUCUCCAUGUUCAGUGGACCUUUACUGGUGUGCUGCAUCCUGCUGCAGAGGAACCUUGCGACCACAGAGGGGCAUCAUGGCACCAACCGCCACGUCUUCUACGCCGUCCAGAUGAGAGGAGGCGCCAAAGCCGUCCGAGCUCUGGCCGAGCAGCACGGGCUGGAGUUCAUACAGCGGAUUGGCAGCCUGGACGGCCUGUACACGCUGAGGGACAGCAGGGGGCGCUCUGAUAGAGUCACCUUUGAGGGGAGGCUUCUGUCUGCAGCAGGGGUUCUCUGGGUAGAAAGGCAGCGAUGUCAUUACAGAGACAAGCGGGUUCCGCUGACGGGACGAGACUAUGGUCGGAUGAAAGGUUCCCAGAGGAAAUGGCCUCCAGCUGACAGCCCGUCUGAGGAGAGGAUGGACGACCAGUCGCUCACCUUCAACGACCCGCUCUGGCCCAUGCAGUGGGAACUGUUUGCACAGGGUAAAUACAACUCCAGUGGCUUUGACCUGAAUGUGAUGCCAGUUUGGAGGAACAACAUAACCGGCAGCAGAGUGGUGGUCAGCAUCAUCGAUGACGGUGUGGAUCACACCAACAAGGACCUGAGGAAAAACUUUGAGGCCCUCGCCAGCUUUGACCUGCGGGCCUCGCACGGUCUGUCUCAUGACCCCAUGCCUGUCAGAGAUGAGGAGAACAGCCAUGGUACGCACUGUGCCGGCGAAGUUGCUAUGGAGGCCAACAACUCCUACUGCGGUGUGGGCAUUGCCUUCAAUGCCAGGAUAGGAGGUAUUCGUCUGCUGGACGGCGUCGUCACGGACGCCAUGGAGGCCUCGGCUCUGACCUACAACAUGCACUUCAUCGACAUCUACGUCUGCAGCUGGGGCCCGCGGGACAACGGGGCCGAGAUGGACGGACCGCACCGCCUGACGGAGCGAGCCCUCCGGCUGGGAACUCAAAAGGGCCGACGUGGGAAGGGCAGCAUCUUUGUGUGGGCGGCAGGUAAUGGUGGAAUGCAGCACGACCACUGCGGCGCAGACGGGUACGUUAACUCCAUCUACACCAUCGCCAUCGGAGCCGUCGCCCAGACGGGGAAGCCCGCCUACUUCGGUGAGCCCUGCCCUGGAGUGAUGGCCGUCACCCUGACAGGUUCCAACGUGGGAGACUCGCUGCCUUUGGUGACUGUGACCAACACUGGAGAUGGGUGUGUCACGCGCUUCCCAGGAACCUCCAGUGCUGCUCCGAUUGCUGCAGGGAUUCUGGCUCUUGCUUUGGAAGUGAAUCCGUUGAUGACGUGGAGGGACGUUCAGCAUCUGAUCGCCAUGACGGCGAAGAUCCCCGACCCCGAAGAGCCGGGCUGGACCAUCAACGCAGCAGGAUACCAUGUUCACCACAGGUAUGGGUUUGGAGUGUUGGACGCUGGGCUGAUGGUGCAGCACGCUGCGCUGUUCCAGGGAGCUGCUCCACAGAGGAAAUGCAAGCAAGAGGUCGCAUUUAAUCCAGCCAGAUCCUUCUCUGCUGGAGGCCAAAUGAGCAUCAGCAUCGAAUCUGAAGCCUGCAGAGGGAAAGCUAACGAAGUCAACACUUUGGAGCAUGUGCAGGUGAGAGUGAGUAUUUCGGCGCUGUGUCGCGGCGACCUCUCCAUAAGUCUGGAGUCUCCGGGCGGGACAGUGUCUCUGCUGCUGGACACCCGGCCCAACGACGCCUCGGCUGCUGGCCUUAAGAACUGGACCCUGAUGACGUUGCACUGCUGGGGCGAGCAGCCGCGAGGCCUGUGGACCCUGAAGGUGGCUGACCAUAAGGGCAGCGUGUGGAGCUGCAGGAGGCGCAGUGAGGAGGAGGCUGGCGGCGCUCUGCUCAGCGCUACACUCAUCCUGUACGGCACCCACCACCCACACAAGGCCGAGCUCGAGGGGCCCCUGCAGAGCGUGGUGUCCAUGGGGGGCCGUCACCCGGUCCCUCACGGUGGGCUCUACCGGAGGGACCGCUUCCCACCUCUGGACGUGCUUCAGUGGGUCUUCCACAUGGAGAGGGACAGGAAAGUACGAGCGAGUGACAUCAGUUUGCCAACCAAACACAAGAUGCCGGAAACGAAAGGAGGCAGAACGACGACAAUGAGCCUCAUCGAGCCCCCGACGUGGAGGGAGGCGUUGAAGCUACGUCCAUCAGACGUUCAGCAGACGUCCUCCCUACGACCCAGACCUGUUCUUGCGACGGAAACAGAACCCAAAGGAAGAAGACGGACGGACAGAACCGGUCCUCACCAUCCUCAAAGGGGGUCGUCACGAAGACGGGCCAAUUGCACCGAUCGGAACCACGAGAUGAAGCUCUGUAAGAACAGAAAGAAGGAGGUUGGGAGGGUGUAGCACGAAGUUGAAGACACAACAUGGAAUGCAAUUAAAUAAAGACUGCUGUUUUCCUCUGUGCCGCAAAGCCAAUUGAUCACCAAUCGACUUUUAUUUCCUACUGUGUGUGACCCCCAGUGUCAGCUGUGAUUAUUGCUGGUGAAUUCCUCACCCGGUCCCCUUUUCCCACCUGCCCAAACUGCACACAAACGCACCAACCCUUUCUCUCCACCUCACCCCGCCAAAACAAGAGAAAGACAGGAAAACGGUUUGAGGAGGAGGCUUCAGCUCCUCUGUUCGCCUCGAAGGGUGAGCAGCGACAUGUUUGUCUCUUUCCACUCCAGUGAAGGGCGAGUUUCAGCCUGGCUGCGACGAGAAAUGGAUUACCCGUUCAAGAAGGAGGCCGCGUCACUCCUCAUUGAGCUGGACAAAUAACUAAUUCGUUGCUCUCCGCUGAAUUCUCGAGGCCGCCUCAACUUUUCCUUUCUUCCUGUCUUAUCAAUUCAUUAAAAAUGUGCCGCGACGGGUGAGAGAGAUGCGAUGGAGGGAAAAUAUCUCCAAUUAGCUGCUGGUGGAAUAUUUGAAAGAAAAAAAAAAGAAACUUCACAGAAUUUUUAUUUUUUUUUUCUUCUGCUAUAGCAGCGUUUAUGCUUCUUGUCUUUUCGUCGAGUCGUCUCGGUCUUGUCUUGUCUUGUCUAGGUCUUGGUCUUGUCUCGGUCUUGGUCUUGUCUCGGUCUUGUCUCGGUCAGGUCGCUCGCGGUAUUGACAGGCCGGUAUUGAUGUUUCAAUUAGAGCCGCGUUACGUGGAGCUGCGGCGCGGUGACGCGGCGCGGCUCGCGCCAUCUGCUUCUGCCUCCGCGGCUGACGAACGAGGCACGUGGGGCUAAUCGAGCCGCACAUGAGCGAUGGCACCGCGAUAUCUGGCUCGAGCACGCGAACGCGCGCGUCCUUACGCGAGAGGGGGCGGAGGGAGGGGGGUGCUGAGGAGUGUGUGUGUGUG